GCCCGCCCGCCCGAGACAUGGUCCUGCUGGCCGCGGCGAUGCUGUUGCUGGCUUCAGUGGCUGCUGAGGAUGAGCGGAUCAUCGGGGGACAGUCCUGUGGCCGGCACCAGCAGGCCUACCAGGUGGCCCUGAUGGGCUCCCCCAACACCGUGCGCUGCGGGGGGGUGUUGAUCAACCCCGGCUGGGUGCUGACGGCUGCCCACUGCGAAACCCCGAGCCCCAUCUCCAUUCGCCUGGGGGAGUACAGCCUGAGGACCAGCGAGGGGACGGAGCAGUGCAUCAAAUCAACCCAGUCCUUCCCUCACCCCAACUACAACCUCACCUCGCACGACUACGACAUCAUGCUGCUGAAGCUGCAGAACACCGCCAACCUCAACAACUACGUCAAAACCAUCGGCCUGCCUGACAGAUGUCCUGAACCCAACACGGAAUGCCUGGUGUCCGGAUGGGGCACGACCCAGACCCCUAAAGUGCAGUACCCCAACAUUCUGCAAUGUGGGAAAGUCUACAUCCAGCCCAACGCGGACUGCGAUAAAUCUUACCCCGACGCCGUUACCGAAAACAUGCUGUGUGCUGGUGUGAAGGAAGGAGGCGUGGAUUCAUGCCAGGGUGACUCCGGCGGCCCGCUGGUCUGCAACGGGAAACUCCAGGGCAUCGUCUCGUGGGGAUCACAGGUUUGCGCGCCGAAAGGCAAGCCAGGCGUCUACACCAAAGUCUGCAGAUUCACCGGUUGGAUCCGGGGCAUUAUAAGGGAGAACUCCAGCAACCGAGCCUCCAUCACCUGCUAGAAGCAAGCCACAGCUGCCACUGCCCCUUCCCCAGGGAACUGAGAUUCCUGUAAUAAACAGUGUGAAACACACCCGUGGCUCAUUGCCUCCUUUGCACCAGGACCGGAUCUACCAGCCUCUGUCACUUUCUUGUCAGCAUCUGCUCUCUUCCUCCAUCUGAGACAUAGCCCCUCUUUCCCCUCCCCAUAGGAAGUCUUGCUGUCGAUGCACCCAUGCGGGAGGUUGACAGUAGGGCUCGAACCCACGACCUCUACAUCUAAAAUCCUGGGCUGCUGCUGCCUGAGCUAAAAGAACCAGCUCUGUUAGAAGGCUUAUCAACUUCUAGACCGGGGUAGGCAACCUUUCAGAAGGGGUGUGCCGAGUCUUCAUUUAUUCACUCUAAUUUGAGGU